AGGGAGGAGGAGUCAGAGCGGUGGAGCAGCGCGGCGGGCGCUAUGCUGGUCAAGCCGCCGGGCAGCGCGCGUGGUGAUUGGCGCAGAGCGAGCACCGGCCCGUUUCCAUCCUUUUUUGUUUGCAGGGCCUGAAGCAGUGUUACGGUCAAGCCUGCAUCCGAGAUUCUCACGCCUUGCAUCCUCCCCCACCGACGUAUCUUGCCUCCGCGCGCUCCUCCUCCUCUUCUUCUUCACCAUGUCCGGCGUCCAACCUGACAACACACCCGUGCCCGCAAACUCCAGCAGCGCAGAACACCCCGCCCCGCCGCACAAGGCGUCGACCUCGUCACACCCGCCCGCCAGCGACCCCGACCCCACGCUCACCAGCAACCAUCAUGCCUCCCAAAGAGGACAGCCCGCCGCCGGUGCCGCCGCCGCCGCCGAACUCUCCAGUCUUACGCUAAGGCUCAAGAGCUCGCUCCGCCAGUUCCCCGACUUCCCCAGCCCGGGCAUCCUGUUCGAGGACAUCAUGCCCCUCUUCGCCGACCCUGGGCUGCACGAGGACUUCGUCCGCGCCCUCGUGCUGCACGUCUCGCAGAACUACGACACGCCCGACGUCGUCGUAGGCCUGGACGCGCGCGGCUUCCUGUUCGGCCCCAGCCUGGCGCUGCGGCUGGGCGCUGGCUUUGCGCCCGUCAGGAAGCAGGGCAAGCUGCCGGGCCCGUGUGAGACGGCCUCGUAUGAGAAGGAGUACGGCAGCGACUUCUUCCAGAUGCAGGCCGACGCGAUCAAGCCGGGCCAGAAGGUGCUCGUGGUCGACGACAUCAUUGCUACUGGCGGCUCCGCAGCAGCAGCAGGCUCCCUCGUCAAGAAGCUCGGCGGCACACUCCUGGGCUACGUCUUCAUCCUCGAGCUCGACUUCCUCAAGGGCCGCGACAAGCUCGACGCCCCCGUCUACACGCUCCUUCACGGCCAGGAGUAGAUGAUAAACCCUUCCAACUGCUAAGCCAACCAUCCAAUUAUGACGUACGGCGGGACCCACCCGUUGCACCCUCUGCGCAACAACAAAAGUAUACGUUCACAUUUCAACACGACCCAUAGAAGACCCCAUGCAUGGAAAAGGCGUCGGCUGGCUUUUUCCACUUUUGACGCGCUGCAACGCCUGGAUAAUAAUACCGCAUAACAGCCAGGAUGUCCAUCCUCUGUGCUGACACGCGAGCCGAGGCGACGCGAGGCAAGCGGCUGAAUCUUCACUCAUGCGUUUCUGAGUACAGUCCUGUUUCCGAUUUACGAACCCUGCAAUGCAAAUGAUUUCCACGCGGUAGAUAGACGGCGACGUGGUAUAUGAAUACCAUAUCGAGAUAUUG